UGAUUUGAAUAGGGUCUUCUGCAGAGAGUACCGUUGUCUGUAGAUGCUCUUUUGUUCAUCAAUGCUGCUGUAAGACCGGCUUCUCCCGGCGCCGCUGCUACAUGUCAGUGCACGUUUGACUCGAAUCUGUCUUUGCGGGCUGAAAUGUGCUCUCUUGUUUCGUCUCCCUCUAGCAUUUUUUUUAAAAAACCGUUGACUUUUCGAAUUACAAUUUCCCGUAUCCGUUUCUGUUUUCAAUGGUUGUCAGCACCUCGCGGCACACCGGGACACCUGCGCGACACUCCGGUGUCUCCGAGUCAACAGAACAGACCUGCGAUAUAUUCCACAUUCCUUUAGAGUCGAGGAAGAAGACUCCUUUGCAUCAAUCAGACUGAGGAUGUCCAACACAGUGCGUCACUCUGGGUCCCGGCUCUCCAUUGCGGUAUUCAUCCUGUCCUUCCUACUAGCUGGAGUGGUGGAAGGAGAGAAGCUGGUCAACAUGAAGAAAGUGACCCACCAGGUGGUGCGGGCCGGGCUGGCAGAGACCAGCUUCCUGCCCUGCGUCUUCACCCUGCGGCCCAGCCCCUCACGAGAGCCCCCCCGUAUAAAGUGGACCAAGAUUGUCUCGGAGGGUGGGGGCAAGAUCGAGGUCUCUGUGCUGGUUGCCAAGGACAACGUCAUCAAGGUCAAGAAGGACUUCCAGGGUCGAGUCGCCCUGCCCGGGUACCCCGACAACCGCUACAACGCCACCCUCGCCCUCACCGGCCUGCGCUCCAGCGACUCGGGCACCUACCGCUGCGAGGUGGUGGUGGGAAUUGACGACGAGCAGGACACAGUGCCCCUAGAGGUCUCCGGUGUGGUGUUCCACUACCGUGCGCCCAGUGACCGCUACGCCCUGACCUUUGCCGAUGCCCAGCGCGUGUGUCUGGAGAACUCAGCGGUCAUCGCCUCUCCGAGUCACCUGCAGGCCACCUUCGACGACGGCUACGACAACUGUGAUGCGGGCUGGCUCUCUGACCAAACCGUCAGGUACCCAAUCAGAUUGCCCCGGCCCGGUUGCUAUGGAGACAGAGACAACCUACCUGGAGUCAGGAAUUAUGGGCAGAGGGGCCCCACAGACCUGUAUGAUGUCUACUGCUAUGCCAGACAGAUGACAGGUGAGGUGUUCCACUCGACAGUCCCAGAGAAGCUGAGUUUGGCCACGGCUUCAACGCACUGCCACUCCCUGGGGGCACAGCUGGCUACAGCCGGGCAGCUCUACCUGGCCUGGCACGGGGGGCUUGACCGCUGCGACCCGGGCUGGCUGGCAGACGGCAGCGUGCGAUACCCCAUCAGGCAGCCACGCAAGAACUGCGGCGGGGACGAGCCCGGAGUCAGAACCCUCUACCAGCACCCCAACCGCACCGGCUUCCCCAUCACCACCUCCCUCUACGACGCAUACUGCUACAGAGAGAAUCCUUCUGCCGUGGCCGCUGGUCUGCUGCUAUCAAAGAAUCUGAAGGACACCGAUUCCACAUCCCCAGCCCAGGGAGAGCCCAAAACAUUCAUCUGGGGUGGCAACGGCGCCCUGAAGGAGCAGAUUAACUUCAUUGCAUCAAACGACUCUUCUGAGAUCUCAGCAGAGCAUGUGGUCAUCCAUCUGAAACCAGCCUCCUCCAGCUUAGCACUAGACGAGCAGCUGGGGCAAAAAGCGACAGACUCACAGGGGUCUGAGCAAAGACAGGCUGCUACCCCUGAGCCAUCACCGGUGCUUGGGGAUUUAUCCAUGACGGAAAUGUUGGGGCAUCAGCAAGGUGACACAGAAUGGCAGAAGGAGCUGGAAGAUGAGACAAUCAAAGAAGAGACUUGGUUGCUAUCUAGAUCCCAUCAACAGCCCAUCUCAGCAGCACCCGCAGCUGGUCUACAGUCUGAUGAGAUGAACAGUCUGCUCUCCAAUUUGGUUGAUCCUCCAAGGAACCCUGAAGGGAACCACUGGCAGGAUUCUAUUGACCAGCAUGUUUCAGAAUUCAUGGCUGAUUCCUCAGAGCAGAUCUUUUCCACCACAUCCCAUGAAAAAUUGGAAGAGAUCCCAAUAGUUCAGAAGCCAACGGAACCUGGAAUAGCAUAUGCCCUGGGACUAAACGCUUCUCCAUCACAAGCAAGAGAAGAAUCUGAAAUGAAUCCACCAAACCUUUCUGAGGUCCACCCCACAAACCAAGAGGGCACCAUGCUGGACCCAUUGGGGGUGAAGACCACACAGGUUUCAUCAUUAGAUGGUGGGUCACCAAGCUCAACUGAAGAGCAUUCAAACCAAGGUAAAAUCCAAGAAUCCCCUGAAUUUAAUGGACCUACUCCAGAAACGACGGAAACUAGCCUGCUCCAUAAUAACAAUUUGCUUCUAAACAAUCCAAAAGAAGAAUUCGGACAAGAAGACGCAGAAAGCCCAACGUCAAUGGCUGUCAAAGUCAGCACAGAGGUGCAUCUUAAUGAUGUUGGAUCUUCAGAGAUCAGUGCUAAUGAGACACACUUGGAAGAGGAUGAUAUCAUCAGUGAAUCCAGUGAUCUGCUCCUUGUAGAGGAAAAAAUCGAAUCUGCACCUGAAACUGCAAAUCUGGGCUCCAUUCCUGCAGUGAGUGUCAAUGAGUCCCACCAUCCUGGACAAGAAAAGGUUGAUGAUUUGGCCAGUUCGGCACAGAACCCCACUGGAAAGAGUGCUGAAGACUAUGAAGGCACAGUUUUACAAGAGUCAAAUCCUGUCUCUUCUGAUUCUGCAAAUGCACUGGAGAACGACGCUGCUUUUGGAUUAAUUUCACCGGGACACAAAGGGACAAUGCAUCCAACAAUGACAGCUAAUGAAUCAUCACCAGAGCCCAGUGCUGCCAGCACAGUGCCAGCUUCUACCCCGCUGCCAGGCAGGAAAGACGAAUGGGCACAUGAGCCAACAGCUGGCACCAUACAGGAGAGCAGAGCUCCAGAAAGGGAGAGAUUGGCAGUCAACGAAUCAAGGAGAUCCUUUCAGGAUGAAGAGCCAUUAACUGCAAUCACAGGCGGCCAGUCCGCUGAGCUGCACAGCCGUGGAGGAGAGGGUACCCUGAGAAUCAUGGUGAUUACAACGCCCUCGCCCUCACCUUUCAAUGAUUCUGCCCCUGAGAUAUCGGGAGAUGACCUUCCCUCUUUGCAGGAGGAUAUAACCAUCCGUCAAAAACUUGUGGAAGAUUUCAAGGCAGACUCCUCUGAAUCAGAGAUGACCAGUGCCCAGGAAGCCAGAAGAACAAACAUAGAGGACCAGGCCGUCCCAUCCUUGCUGGACAUCCAUGAAAUCUUCUCGGGAGGGGGCUCUGACAUGGAUGGAGACUCCCUCCCUCUAGUGACCGUCGGCUUUCAUUCACCAAAACAACAAACUUCUUCUAACGUGCCUUCAUAUGAACCGGAACCUUCAGCAAAGCCAAUGUUGCCUUUUACAUCCCCGUCCGAGAAUUCUGAACUUGAGAAGGUUGAAGAUGGGAGUGGAGAUGCAGAAGAGGGUCUGCUUGCUAUAUCUAAGGGAUCCAAAAACCCCACCACAACCAAAAGACCUCCAACCUCUUUCCCUCACAUAGACCACGCCUUAGAGAGAGAAUCCUUGUGGGAAGUAACCCUGAAGCCACAGAAGGAAGAAGAUUUGUUUAAUCCGACAACCAUCCAGGGACGUCAGGAUGCUGUGUCCACGACAGUGCCUAGCAGUGGCAACAAAGACAUUGGGACGGAGGAGGUGGUUCCAGAAGACAGGCUGGACGUUAAAGGCGGUCAGCUGUUCCACGAGUCGUCCACAGAGGCUGCUGCUUUGAAUCCAGAAGAAAGCGUGGCUGAAGUAAAGGGAGAAGUUGCUUUUGUCCAGCACUCAACUGAAGUUCAACCAACUGAGGUCACAGCGGCAGAAGCAACUCCUUCUGGAGAACCUGAUGUGAGAAUGCCUUCCACACCUGACGCCUUCCUUGUGACAGAUGGAAAAACAACUUUGACCCCUUUGAAAGAAGGGAGAAGCCCACAAAGCCCAGCCACUGAAGACCUGCUCGUUACAACCUCAUUGUCACCAGUUACAAGUAUGGGGAUCACAUCAGAGUCCAUAGUUCCUGUGGGUGACUUGCUGACCACUAAAGCUGCUACAAAUGAAAGAAUGGAGAUGCUCUUUCCAACUGUCCCAACCACUGCAAGCAGAGAAGAGUUGGAGUUGACUACCCCUGAGCAGUUAGUACAUACUGAAGUACUGAAGGAGCAACUGCUGUUGGACAAUGCUGUGGAGAGCACCCCAUCUGGAGAGCAGCCAAGAACAGCCACCAAGGAACCUGCCGAUGAAACCACUGACUCCACCAUGGAACCAACCAUCUCUGCCACACAGUCACCAGGGAAUGAAUUAGAAGGAGAAACAGAAGUAGAUGCAGAAGGAUUGGAGACUACGAAUCAACCAGCAAGUCAUGAGACAGAGAACAGCUCUUCCUCUGUUCAGCCAACCAGACUGGUUCUCACCAUCAAGGUGUCCAGUGAAGGUGCAGAGACGUAUCCAGUGACGACUAGAGCCACUGAUGAGAGUAGAUCCAUGGAACCCUCCAUGACCACAGCCACCUCCCCUGUAUUUAAGUCGGUUACUCCCGAAGACGGGCCUUCAUUAGAACUGGCUUUUAUCACCACUGUUGGGUCGCACACAAUGCCUUCUGGAACCCAGCCCUCUACUCCAGAGACGGAAGUGUACAGUGGCAGUGGAAUGGGGCAUGUAUCUCCUGGAGAAGAGCAGGUGAACGGAACAUUGCUGGCACCGAAGUCCAGUUCCCAGCUUCCGUCUGCCUUGAAUGAAUCCACCUUCGGCACAGACUGGGAAGACAUAGGAGCUUCAGAAGAACCAGCAGCUGAGGCAGACCCCUGCGAGACCAACCCCUGCCUGCAUGGAGGGAGCUGCCUGUCCAACGGGAGCGUGUACAGCUGUGACUGCCUGUCAGGCUACUCCGGGGAGAACUGCGAGAUCGACAUUGACGACUGCCAAUCCAACCCCUGUGAGAACGGAGGCACCUGCAUCGAUGAGAUCAACGCCUUCAUCUGCCUGUGUCUGUCCAGCUACGGAGGGGCGACCUGCGACAAGGACACAGAGGGCUGCGAUCACGGCUGGAGGAAGUUCCACGGGCACUGCUACCGAUACUUCUCACACCGACACACCUGGGAGGACGCUGAGAAGGACUGCCGGGAGCACAGCGCUCACCUGGCUAGUGUCCACUCCCCCGAGGAGCAGAGCUUCAUCAACGGGCUGGGUCAUGAGAACACCUGGAUUGGGCUGAAUGAUCGCACUGUGGAGGAGGACUUCCAGUGGACUGACAACAUGGCGCUGCAAUACGAGAACUGGCGUGAGAACCAGCCUGAUAACUUCUUCGCGGGCGGAGAGGACUGUGUGGUGAUGAUCGCUCACGAGAACAGCAAGUGGAAUGACGUGCCCUGCAACUACAACCUGCCCUACAUCUGCAAGAAGGGAACAGUGCUGUGCGGGACGCCCCCGGUGGUGGAGAAUGCCUUCCUGAUUGGUCGGAAGCGAGCGCACUAUGACAUCCACUCCGUCGUGCGGUACCAGUGUGCCGACGGGUUCCUGCAGCGCCACGUUCCCACCACCAAGUGCCGCAGCAACGGCAAGUGGGACCGGCCCAAAAUCAUCUGCACUAAAUCGCGGAGAGCCCACCGGUCACGGCGCCACCACCACAAGUCCCGACGCGAGCGGAGAAAACACAAGAAGCACUCCUCCAGGGGGCACAGGGAGGAAGACGACGGUGAUGACAGCCAGAACUACUUCUGAACAAAACAGAAACAAAAAACACCGCAGAACGUGAAGGAAUUGAACCCUCCAUCCGCGACCCUGACACUCCCACCACCCCCAACCCCAGAGAGAGUGCCAGGAGACUGGGGGAGUACGAUACCCAGCUCCUGACACUCCCACCACCCCCAACCCCAGAGAGAGUGCCAGGAGACUGGGGGAGUACGAUACCCAGCUCCUGACACUCCAACCACCCCCAACCCCAGAGAGAGUGCCAGGAGACUGGGGGAGUACGAUACCCAGCUCCUGACACUCCCACCACCCCCAACCCCAGAGAGAGUGCCAGGAGACUGGGGGAGUACGAUACCCAGCUCCUGACACUCCCACCAUCCCCAACCCCAGAGAGAGUGCCAGGAGACUGGGGGAGUACGAUACCCAGCUCCUGACACUCCCACCACCCCCAACCCCAGAGAGAGUGCCAGGAGACUGGGGGAGUACGAUACCCAGCUCCUGACACUCCCACCACCCCCAACCCCAGAGAGAGUGCCAGGAGACUGGGGGAGUACGAUACCCAGCUCCUGCUAGGCCUCAAAGACCCUCUCACACUCUCUCCUUAACAGGAAUUCAAAUUGGAGUUAUGGCGGUGUUUUUGGCAGCUUAAAUAUCUACAAAAAAAAGGUGUUUGGACAUUUGCAGUAAAUUAUACAGUAUUCACAGUGUUUUGCUAUUUUGUGCUAUUUAAGAUGCUGUUAAGACAGCGGCCAUAAUUCCAAUUGAAUCCCAGACCCUCCCCCCCUCACCAGUGUAAUUAAUCUCCUGGCUUGGUUUUAUCCAGGCCACUUUUCUGAAGUAUUAUUAUAGCCCCUCAAAAGGGGGCUGUUUUUUUUUUUUUGGUUUUAUCACACUUUUUUAAAGGUGAUCUUGUUAAGGUUUUAAACCAGGUUACGCACGUGGGCAUUUCGUUGCGUGCUCCAGCAGAAACCGUUUUCUUUUUAACGAAUUCAACUUUUCGAUAAAGUGUUUCUAAUAAAAAUAGAAGACCUGCUUUUGUUAUUUUGUUUUUAAGAACAGCGCUAGUAUUUAAAUGUCGUGUUUCUGUUUGGCCUGCCACACGCUCCAGCUGAACAAACCCUAAUUAACUAUGUGAGUACUUUUUU